AUGACUUGUCUCUCCUCCUUUCUCUUUCUCGACCUUCCUCUCCCAUCUCUCUCUCUCUCUCUCUCUCUGUCUGUCUGUCUCUCCCCCAUCUCUCUCUAUUUCUUUCUCUUUCUCUAUCUAUCUAUCUAUCUCAUUCUUUCUAUUACUCCCUCUUUCCUUCUCUUUCUUUCUUUCUUUCUUUCUUUCUUUCUUUCUUUCUUUCUUAUUCUCUCUUUCUUUGUCUCCAGUGACAGUCUCCUUCUUCUUUAUUUACCUCAUUCUCAUAUUCCUCCUUCCCUUACACUUGACGUCUACCUCUUCUUCUUCUUCUUCUUCUUCUUCUUCUUCUUCUUCUUCUUCUUCUUCUUCUUCUAUUCUCUUUCCUUAUCCACCUCACUAUCUUUCUUUUUGCUUGACUUUCAGCUCAUUUUUUCUUUUUUUUCUUCUUCUUUUGACUCUUUUCUUUAUGUUGACUUCUUCUUCUCUUUGUUUGUGAUUUCUUCUUCUUUUUUUACUCUUUUCUUCAUGAUAUUUCUUUUUUUCUUUGUUCGUGGUUUUCUUCUUCUUCUUCUUCUUCUUCUUUCCUCCCUUCUUUACUCUCUCUAUCUUUCCUUGAUUUUCUUCUUCUUCUUCUUCUUCUUCUUCUUCUUCUUCUUCUUCUUCACCCUUUUCUUCCUCUCUCUCUCUCUCUCUCUCUCUCUCUCUCUCUCUCUCUCUCUCUCUACUUGUGUCUUAGACAGCCUCCUUUCCAGCGUGUUUCUUUCUCCCCCCUCUCUCUCUUCUGCUUUCUUCUUCUUCUUCUUCUUAUUCAUCUUCUUCUUCUUCUUCAAUUCAUCUUUUUUCAUCUUCUUUCUUUCUUUCUUUCUUUCUUUCUUUCUUUGUAUAACUUAUUCGGUCUCGUCUUUCUUCUUCUUCUUCUUCUUCUUCUUCUUCUUCUUCUUCUUCUUAUUCCAAUUCCAUCUUUUUCUUUUCAUCUUUCUUUCUUUCUUUCUUUCUUUCUUUCUUUCUUUCAUUUUUCUUUGUAUAACUUAUUCGGUCUCGUCUUUUCUUCUUCUUCUUCUUCUUCUUCUUCUUCUUCUUCUUCUUCUUCACCCACAUUUCCAAUUCAUCUUCUUUCUUUCUUUCUUUCUUUCUUUCUUUCUUUCUUUCUUUCUUUCUUUGUAUAACUUCUUCUUCUCUUCUUUUUUCUUCUUCUUCUUCUUCUUCACCCAUAUUUCCAAUUCAUCUUCUUUCUUUCUUUCUUUCUUUCUUUCUUUCUUUCUUUCUUUGUAUAACUUAUUCGGUCUCGUCUUUCUUCUUCUUCUUCUUCUUCUUCUUCUUCUUCUUCUUCACCCAUAUUUCCAAUUCAUCUUUCUUUCUUUCUUUCUUUCUUUCUUUCUAGUUCCCAUCUAUCUAUCUAUCUAUCUAUCUAUCUAUCUAUCUAUCUAUCUAUCUAUCUAUCAUAUACUGAUCACUCUGCCUCAGCCUACUAUCUAUCUAUUUAUCUUAUAUCUAUCUAUUUUCUAUCUAUCUAUAUCUAUCUUGGUCAAUUAUAUCUGUUAUAUCUAUAUAUCUAUCUGUGUGCGUGCGUGUCUGUAUUUCUAUCUAUCUAUCUAUCUAUCUAUCUAUCUAUCUAUCUAUCUAUCUAUCUCUAUAUAUAUAUGUUGUCUUACAUCUGUUUUCUGUCUAUCUAUCUAUCUAUCUAUCUAUCUAUUUUGGUCAAUUAUAUCUAUGUUAUAUCUACCUAAUAUAUAUAUAUAUGUGUGUGUGUUUGUAUUUCUUCCUUCUUUCUAUCUAUCUAUCUAUCUAUCUAUCUAUCUAUCUAUCUAUCUAUCUAUCUAUCUAUCUAUCUAUCGCUUUACUCCCCCCACAUCUAUUUGUUUUUAG